CACGAGCGGGUCAGAGAGCCUGCAGGCGUUGAGCCAAAAAGCCACUGCCGAGAGAGAUAGAGUCGAGGGGGCGAGAGACGUCCCACGCCACGUCGCCGCACCGCGCGCGCGCUCCCGUCCAAACCCCGCUCCAGCCCCGCCCCGCGCGAUCCGAAACCCCCAUUAUCUAAUUCUUCGCCGGAUCGGGCCGGCAGAUAUCUCGCCAUUGCCCAUUUGUCCUGCUCCGCCCUCGUCCUCUGCUCCUCCUGCUGCCAGUGCCGGCGGUGGUCGUGCAGUACUGUUCGGUUGGUCGCCGGGGAGGCUCGCCGGGGCCGGAGGGAUGUGGCGGCUGAAGAUCGCGGAGGGCGGGGCCGACCCGUGGCUGCGCACCAAGAACGCGCACGUCGGCCGCCAGGUCUGGGAGUUCGACGCCGCCGCCGACGACCCCGACGCCCUCGCCGCCGUCGACGCCGCGCGCCGGGAGUUCGCCGCGCGCCGCCACCAGCUCAAGCACAGCGCCGACCUCCCCAUGCGCAUCCAGCUUGCAAAAGAAAAUCCACUUAAGUUGGAUCUUCCUGCUAUCAAGCUGGGGGAGAAUGAAGAUGUCACGGAGGAAGCUGUGUCGACCACUUUGAGAAGGGCGCUCAGCACUUUUUCUACUCUCCAGGCACACGAUGGACACUGGCCUGGGGAUUAUGGGGGUCCUAUGUUCCUUAUGCCAGGAUUGCUUAUAAUGCUACAUGUUACUGGAGCACUGAACACUGUUUUAUCAUCAGAACAUCAAAAGGAGAUCCGUCGAUAUCUCUAUAAUCAUCAGAAUGAAGAUGGAGGUUGGGGAUUACACAUUGAGGGUCCAAGCACCAUGUUUGGCUCAGCCUUGACCUAUGUUUCUUUGAGAUUGCUUGGUGAGGGACCAGAUAGUGGAGAUGGAGCUAUGGAGAAAGGUCGAAACUGGAUUUUAGACCAUGGGGGAGCAACUUAUAUAACAUCAUGGGGAAAGUUUUGGCUCGCGGUACUUGGUGUAUUUGAUUGGUCUGGUAACAAUCCACUGCCACCGGAAACAUGGAUGUUGCCGUAUUGCCUGCCAGUCCACCCAGGUCGAAUGUGGUGUCACUGCAGAAUGGUGUAUCUACCCAUGUGCUACGUUUAUGGAAAGAGGUUUGUCGGCCGAAUUACACCAAUUAUAUUGGAACUAAGAAAUGAACUCUUCAAAGUCCCCUACAGCGAGGUUGAUUGGGACAGUGCUCGCAAUCUCUGUGCUAAGGAAGAUCUGUACUACCCACAUCCACUCAUACAAGAUAUCUUAUGGGCCACUCUCCAUAAAUUUGUUGAACCUGUUAUGAUGCACUGGCCUGGGAACAAACUGAGAGAGAAAUCUUUGAACCAUGUCAUGCAGCAUGUUCAUUAUGAAGAUGAGAACACUCGAUACAUUUGCAUUGGUCCUGUGAACAAGGUAUUAAAUAUGCUUGCUUGCUGGAUUGAAGAUCCAAACUCAGAAGCAUUCAAGCUACACAUUCCAAGAAUAUAUGAUUACUUAUGGGUUGCUGAAGAUGGCAUGAAGAUGCAGGGUUAUAAUGGCAGCCAGCUCUGGGACACAGCUUUUGCAGUUCAAGCUAUUGCGGCCACUGACCUCAUUGAAGAGUUUGCUCCCACUCUUAAGCUGGCACAUGAUUUUAUUAAGAACUCUCAGGUUGUUGAUGACUGCCCUGGAGAUCUGAGUUACUGGUACCGUCACAUAUCUAAAGGUGCAUGGCCCUUUUCUACAGCUGAUCAUGGUUGGCCUAUAUCAGAUUGCACUGCAGAAGGACUAAAGGCCUCAUUAUUGCUAUCAAAGAUUUCUCCAGAAAUUGUGGGCGAAUCGGUGGAAGUUAACAGACUAUAUGAUGCUGUCAAUUGUUUGAUGUCUUGGAUGAUCCAAGGGUUGAGAAUUUUACUUGGAACCUUACCCUGUAUUCUCUCCUCUAAUAAUGGUCUAUUUGAUCGACAGUUCAUAAAUAAUAAUGGAUCGUCUAUUUUAGUUAAUGAAAAUGGUGGCUUCGCAACAUAUGAACUCCAAAGGUCUUAUGCCUGGCUUGAGCUUAUCAACCCUGCCGAGACAUUCGGAGAUAUUGUGAUUGAUUACCCGUAUGUGGAAUGUACCUCAGCCGCAAUUCAGGCCCUGACAUCAUUUAAAAAGCUCUAUCCUGGGCACCGCAGGAAAGAUGUAGAUAACUGUAUCAACAAAGCUGCUAGUUACAUUGAGAGCAUCCAAAGAAAAGAUGGUUCAUGGUAUGGCUCUUGGGCUGUGUGCUUCACCUAUGGCACAUGGUUCGGAGUGAAGGGGCUACUAGCUGCAGGUAGAACCUUCAAGAGCAGUCCUGCAAUCAGAAAGGCAUGUGACUUUCUGAUGUCAAAAGAGCUUCCUUUCGGUGGCUGGGGAGAAAGCUAUCUGUCAUCUCAAGAUCAGGUUUACACCAAUCUUGAAGGGAAGCAUACUCAUGCUGUCAACACUGGCUGGGCCAUGCUGACUCUAAUUGACGCAGGACAGGCUGAGAGAGACCCGACGCCUCUGCAUCGAGCAGCGAAGGUUUUGAUAAACUUACAAUCAGAGGAUGGGGAAUUUCCUCAGCAAGAGAUCAUGGGAGUCUUCAACAAGAACUGCAUGAUCAGCUACUCCCAGUAUCGGAACAUCUUCCCUAUCUGGGCGCUUGGCGAGUACCGCUGCCGGGUGCUGGGCGCGGCCAAGAAGUAGUACCGUCUUCCUUCUCUUUGGCCGGGUUACGUGCUGGAACAGUGUGUUUCUGUAAUAAUGUUGCUAGGUGCAGGUGGAGAUCUGGUAGCCGUAUAGAUUUUUUUUUACCAUUUGAUGAGUAGAGGAAUAAACUGGAGAGGGGUAUAUAUGUCGCUUGUAGGGCCUGUUUGGUUGGAUACCUGAACACCGUGCCUGGAGAAAUGGACUGCCUGGAUUGAGCCUGAGAAGAUUGAAAAUAUUGCCUGGCGAGGCUACGUGCGUUUGGUUGA